AUGAUCCCCGAUCCAAACGACAUUCCAAUCAUCUUCACCAACCUCAUCCCAGACCUUCCGGAUCCUUUGGAGCUUCCGUUGUACCUGGAGAACCUUCCCGAUUACAUCAACGACCUCACAGAUGACGAACCCUGGUCCGAGACGCAUACUUGGUAUUCCUUCUUCACGCCCGCAGCGACGUCGCUCAUUGACCAGCUCGCUUCGAACAUUGCCCCAGCAUUCACAGGUCUUCCCGAUGCGCCGCUAACAUUCCCCAACGAAGAAAGAGCGGCGGCUGCACCAAGCAUCAGCGGGGCCGCUGCUGAGAACUACCACGUCUGCGGACAUCGUGCUGCAGUACCGUGUCCGACUGGCUACAACUGCGUCAGACGACCCGGUGCGAGCUGCGGUCCGGAGCUCGACUGCGGUGGAUACUGCGUCGACGUGCUCAACGGCGUCACUCUUCUGGCCGACGCGGCGACAUCGACCCAAAGCGACAACACCACCCCUCUGGAGUUCAGCCAGAUCACGGAUUUCUAUCCCACCAACACCCUCGUCACCUCCAGGAGGGGCAACGUGAUGCUUCCGCCCCGCCAAGUGGCCGCCCCGGAAUCAGUGGGAACGGAAGAGCCAGCAAGCACGGCGACGAGCGUAUUCCCGCCGAUCCCUUGCGGCGAGGGCUACCCGCCGUGCGACCCGGGCCUCCAGUGCGUCGACAUCUUCGUCAGCGGCAUCGGCUUCGCCGAGAAGCGCAGCUACUGCGCCGCCGUGACCCCUGGCGACGUGUCCCCUCCGUCAUCCCCGCUCGCCUCCUCCCCGAUCGCUUCUCUGGACAGCGACAACGCCCCCAGUCCCACACACUACCCGUGGCCCGACACCGCCUGGCCUGGCCCGAUAACGACGCUGUACCCAAUGUUCGGCCCGGGCCCCGUCGGCCUCUCCAACUACCACCCCUCCUCCUCCACCGAAGAAGCGUCACCCGCCGCCGCCUCCUCCCCGGCCCUCGCCCCAGUCCCCAACGGCGGCGCCCACCCAAACAUCGUCCCCUACCCCAUCGUCCCUCCCCCCAUCGGCCCCGGCUCCAGCCCAGUAGCAUCCAGCCCCCCAGCCUCCACCCCGACCGAGCCAGCCCCUACGACGCUGCAGUGCGGCGGCCCCACCAACGAGACGUGCCCGUCCGGCUUCACGUGCGUGCGCGACCUGGACGCCACCGCUGAGAGCCCGACGGGCGGCUGCGGGCCGGCCUGCGGCGAGCUGGGCGUGUGCAUCGUGCCGGAGCGCUGCGGCGGCUUCGCCGGCAUCCCGUGCAGCGAGCCCGGGCGCACCUGCGUCGACGAUCCGGACGACGGCUGCGACCCCCUGUCCGGCGGCGCGGAUUGCAUGGGGAUCUGUGUCUAA